GGGGAGGACUGAAGAGGAAGUAGGUUGUUUUAAGGAAAAGUUUCUAAGGCGUUUUUUUUCUGGUUACUGCUUUUUGGAGUGUGAGACAGGAAGACUGGAUUACAAUGACAUCCACAUUGCUUAGGAUUCUGUGUAUUCAUGGUUAUUAUCAAAAUGAGAAAAGUUUCAGAGAAAGAACUGGCUCACUGAGGAAAAUCUUAAAGAAACAUGCUGAGUUGUUCUACAUUUCUGCUCCUCUUUCUGUCUCCCAGCCCCCUGGAUCUGUACUUAAAACAGAACAAACAGACCAAGAACCUGAAUGUCUCACAAAUGAUGCACAAGGUGAUGAUCCUAGGGCUUGGUGGUUCUCUAGUCCACAAGAAGACAGCUUUGAUGCCAUGGAGCAUUCUGAUUCCUGCAAGGGGCUAGAGUCGUCCCUGGAAACCAUAGCAAAGGCUAUGACUGAACAAGGACCUUUCCAUGGUAUCUUGGGCUUUAGCCAGGGUGCUGCCCUGGUGGCCAUAGUCUGUGCCCUCAAACAGCAGGGUGAUCUGAGAUUUCAGUUUGACUUUGCCAUGCUGUUCGCAGGUUUCAAAAGCCUUUCAUCCUGCCACAGUUUGUACUAUGAGAAACCAAUAUCCGUGCCAACAUUACUUGUUUUUGGAGAGACAGACAGAGUUAUUCCAGCUGCAAUGAGUGAGGAGCUUGUUCCCCAUUUUGUAGAUCCAGUUGUACUCCGUCACCAGUUGGGUCACUUUGUGCCUACUGGUGCAGCACAAAAAAAAGUGUACAUAGAGUUUUUGGAAAAAUUUCUGAAGAAGGAAGCAUCUGUACAUGGUUGAGAGUAAUGCAAGAGUGUGAACUUUUAAAGGUACUACAGACUGUGUUUGGAAAAUAAAUAUUACAAUGGC